AUAUUUCAGGUAGCACAAGGUAAUCGUUUUAUGGAUAGCAGUAACCUGUAUUGCAUAUGUCGUGGCGUCUACAAUGAGCACCGGUUUAUGAUAGAAUGUCACGCGUGUAAAGAGUGGUUUCACGGGGACUGUGUGGGCAUUCUGGAGAAAGAAGCUGAUCAGAUCGAGGAGUAUUACUGCACCGCUUGUCAGAACAGUCACGGUCCUUCCAAAUUAAAGAGCAACAUUCCUCGGGCAAGUCACAAACCGGAGGAGUUUGAGCUUAUUGAACAUCCAGCCAUCAAGAACUUUUACCAAGCACUGGACGACACUUCAUUUCUUGACAGUAGCCACGUAGUUACCUACCUCGCUAAUGGUACCUCCUUUUCUGCUGAGUAUGUUUACGAAAAUACUCUUCAAAAGCCUAUUUUAAUAGAAAGCAUUGUCGGUUUAGGACUCAUCGUGCCUCCCAUAUCUACUUCCAAAGAUAUUGAAAACUACUUGCCUCCCAGCCAUCUCCUCAACAUUCACGAUAUCUUAGAAAAUGAGGAGAGGACGAUAAAACUGACAGAAUGGAUCGAGCAUUUAGAUUCAGCUGAGAACUUGGACAAUAUCUCCAUAGUUGAUAAAUUAGAUAUCAAUGGGACAAAACUGUCAAGAAUCAUCAAACCCCCGCGACAAUUGAGACAAUUUGAUCUUGUUGAGUCUUCUUGGCCAAAAACCGACGACAACGAAGACUUUAUGUUCGGCAAGCCAAAACAAUCGCUCUUUUUAUCCAUGGGAGAUGCUGGUAGCUUUGUAGAUUUUCAAAUUGGUAUGGUGGGUGCUUCAGUGUGGGUGUAUAACAUGCUCGGUUCCCGGACAAUAUACUUGGUUCCUCCAACUGAUGAAAAUUUGAAAAUAUACGAGGAGCGAACAAAAAUAAACAGCUGUGAUGAUAGAUUUUUCGGGGAUCUGGCUAACGCUUGCUACAAAUUGGACACUCGGGAGAAUGAGUUUGUUUACAUUCCCGGAGGUUGGAUAUUUGCUUCCUAUCUCGAUACCAAAGGUGUAUCUCUGGUGGGCGAGUUUUGCAACAUGUUCUCCCUGCCUCACCACAUCCAAUGUUACGAACUACAGAAGAGACUGAAGUGCCUGAACACGGUACGUUACCCUCAUUUUGAAGUAUUGGUGUGGUGUGCUGCUGAACACAUACACAUGCUUCUCUCCAGUAAGGAGUUUAGCUAUAAUAGACAUGGCCUCAUGGAGUCAGCUAAAGCUCUCGUUACAAUACUGAGAAAAUGGAUUUCAAAAAAGGAAGAGCACCUUCAUGCUCAAGAAAUACCUCCCCAUAUCAACCCAACUAAACUAACCAACUCGAUCGUGUACUCUAUCGGGAAGAUUAACCGCGGUAAUAAUCCCAAAGUGUCGCCCUUAAAAGUCAAAACUAAACCUGGUCCUUCAAAACGAGUGAAGAGUCCAGCUUUUCAUUCGGAUCAUGUUAACAUAGACACAAAAGAACCGCCUCCUCGAGGGGAGAAGUUGUUACUAAAAUUCAACAAGUCACUUCUUUACUCUGAGCAGAACAACAGUGCUGAGGCCAAUGUCGCCCAAGGGCCCAUAAAACUUAGAUUGCCCAAAAUAAUAAUGAACAAUGAGGUCUCACCUCCAGAAAAGUCAGAGAAGCCCGUUGAAACCAAAGUUGCAGUUGUUACGAAAAGUGGUAGAAAGAGAAAGAGGCCAAAAUCGUUGGCCGAUUUUGUCGACUCAGGCAAGUCAAGUAAACCCCUUUAUGACAGCGACGACUCUAUUUCGAAAACUGCAAACAUUUUAUCCUUGGGUGAGGUAGAAAAACCAGAGAUAGCUAAGAUUCGUAAGCGGUUAAAGAAGCAAUCAGAAAAACAAGCAAAACAACAGCCGGUUAGCCCUCCAACUCCAGACACACCCAGUAUAACUCCACUCACAAUCCAAGCUAGAGGAAAGAGAAACACUUACAAUGAAGAAAGUCCUGAUGAGUUUGAAUCAGAGAAAUUCCUGAGCAAAUGCAAGCAAGACUCUUAUUACAUUUACCCGACUAUGGGUGUUCAGGACGCUAGUGAUGAGCAUACUGGUGAGUCUGAUAACUGUUCAUCAGCCACUCCCCUCAAACUCAAAGUCAGGUUACCGAUACCAGAUCGUCAGCCGACACCACCUCCCAAAACUCCUAACGUCAGCAAAAAAAGGACUGAAUCAGUUAAAAAAGGACUGAGAACUCCCAAACAACGCCUCGGGAAGCUUCUGAAGAUUGAUAAAUCGUUUAUCAGACGGUAAUAUGUUUAGUGUUUACGAGUCAUUCUUCUGAUAAACUGCAAAGAUAACGAUCUCAAUAUAGAUACCGAUUAUUUGUGCUUCAAUUCGUAUUUUUAAAUCGUGGUCUUUCUAAAAUCAGAUCGCCACGUCUUGGGGCUUGUAAAUAUACAAUUCUAUGUUUGAGGGGUUAUGUCAAUUCAAAUAAAAAUCUGUUAGUAUUUUCCGUUUAAUAAUAAAUGAUGUUCGGGGAUAUUAAGGUAUCUUAAUUAGUAUUUAUAUUAGUACAUAUGUACAUAAACAUAGACACAUGAGUAUUGUGGUAUUUCAUUUUAAAACUGUCACUUUUAGGGAAUUAAGUAUAGAUUUUACGCGGCAAACUAAUUACUAGAUUAUUAUUUUGUGUUGAAAUUUGCAUAGCAGCAUACAGUCUUUUUACAGUCUUAGUUUCUAGGCCAAAUGAUUCCUUGCUUCCCUCGCGACAUAAGACAACAGUCAGUGAACAACAGUUCAGGGAUUUAACAAGUUUCGUCCCGUGGUUCGGAGUACAUUUUAACAACUUAAACGUUCUAUUAACAUGUUAAUUGGACUUGUUUUCGGUUUUUGAAGGGCGACAAUUAUUUAGUUGACCUAGGUGUCCUGUUAUUUAGUUGACCUAGGUGUCCUAUUUUUAAUAGCAGCAGUUGUUAUGUUAUGGAUUAUUUAUAAGCAGCUUUUUACCAAAUGAAAUAGGCAUCAUGGCCUUUUUUUGGCCUUUUUAAUUCACAUAUAUCAUUUUAAAAUUAGUUUUAGGUUAAAACGCGAACGGUACUUAAUCAUGUCAUUAUUUAAAAUUGUUCUUAAACGUUUCCCAAAUUUCUCAAUGGUAUUUAACAUGAUGUUCUAUUCAAUGUUUAUUAAACCUAUUUUAUGUACAAACUACCUAAAUUAUAAUUGUGUC